AUGGUCCUGAAAGGAAUCUCCCCCGUCAUCUCCCCAGACCUCCUCAAGGUUCUGGCCGAGAUGGGCCACGGCGACGAAAUCGUCCUCGCCGACGCCCACUUCCCGGCCCAUUCCAUCUGCCCGCCUCACAUCCCGGUCCUGCGAGCCGACGGCAUCACUGUCUCGAGGCUUCUGGCUGGUAUCGCACCGCUCCUGGAGCUCGACAACUACGGCGUCGUCCCCGUGCUCAUGAUGGAGGUCGUCAAGGGCGACACGGCGGACGCGAGCGUGGAGGGAGACUUUAGAAAGUCGUUGGGGUACGAUGGAGAGAUUGAGAAGCUGGAGAGGUUCGCGUUUUAUGAGAGGUCCAAGAAGGCGUUUGCGAUCGUUUCGACGGGCGAGACGAGGAAGUAUGGAAACAUCAUUCUGAAGAAGGGUGUCACUCCUAUUUUUGAGUAA